AUGCGGGCGCGUAGCAUCAUCAGAGCCCAGAAGCAGCUGCUCUGUUCUGAAAACUUAUGUAUAUAUAACCACGUCCCUGCAUUCUUGAAAGCGACUCGACACGCCUCCACAUUUUUACAGCCGGUGAUCCACAAGCAAUUCCCUCUUGACCGGCGAUGGCAGCAGCGCCGGACACAAGCAGGAGCCGCUGCAGCAGUUCUAGAGCAAGCUGCGGAGCCCGAGAAGCUUGCUCAAGAGACAAUCAUAGAGAAUCUUGCGCCCAAAGAAGCAGAGAGACUAUCACAAGUUAGAAAUAUAGGCAUCGCUGCCCACAUCGACAGUGGUAAAACCACCGCCACCGAGCGCGUGCUCUACUACACUGGCCGAAUAAAUUCUAUACAUGAAGUAAGAGGCAAAGACUCGGUCGGUGCAAAGAUGGACUCUAUGGACCUAGAGCGAGAAAAGGGCAUUACAAUUCAGUCAGCCGCGACUUAUUGCGACUGGGUCAGAACGCAAAAUGGCAAAGAGGAGAAAUAUCACAUAAAUUUAAUUGAUACCCCUGGGCAUAUUGAUUUCACGAUAGAGGUGGAGCGGGCGCUACGAGUACUAGACGGCGCUGUUAUGAUCCUAUGUGCCGUAUCUGGUGUACAGUCGCAGACGAUCACUGUGGAUCGUCAAAUGAAAAGAUACAACGUACCAAGGAUAUGCUUCGUGAACAAGAUGGACCGAGCCGGUGCCAAUCCAUUUAAAGCAGUGGAGCAGAUCAGUCACAAAUUGAGGUUGCCGGCUGCAGCUGUUCAGGUACCAAUUGGGGUCGAGGAUCAGUUCCUGGGCGUGGUGGACAUCAUAAACAUGAAGGCGAGCUACAGCGAGGGUCUCAAGGGUGAGACCGUCAGGAUCACAGACGAUAUUCCAGCAGAAGUCAAGCCACUUGCCGAAGAGAAGCGGAAGCAGCUUAUCGAGACCCUUGCCGACGUCGACGAUGAGAUUGCGGAGAUCUUCUUAGACGAAAAGACUCCAUCCAUCGAACAGAUCAAGGCGGCCAUUAGACGUGCUACAAUUGCGUUAAAAUUUGCACCGGUGUUCAUGGGCUCUGCACUCGCGGACAAGUCGGUUCAGCCAAUGAUCGACGGCGCCUGUGACUACCUCCCUGCACCUCAAGAAGUAGAGAAUUUGGCCCUGGAUCAGAGACGGAAUGAAGCUCCUGUGAAGCUCAUACCAUAUGGUUCACUACCUUUUGUCGGUCUUGCAUUCAAGCUUGCCGAAAGCAGCUUUGGCCAACUCACCUACAUUCGCGUAUAUCAAGGCUCGCUUCGUAAAGGUCUCAAUGUCUACAAUGCUCGAACGUCAAAGAAGGUCAAGAUCCCUCGCAUAGUUCGUAUGCACUCCAAUGACAUGGAAGAUGUCCUCGAGGUCGGAGCAGGCGAAGUUUGUGCCGUAUUUGGCAUUGAAUGUGCGUCAGGCGACACAUUCACAGAUGGCAAUCUUGGCUACACAAUGACGUCUAUGUUCGUCCCAGAACCGGUCAUCUCCCUCUCAAUAAAGCCGAAAGAAAACAAGGAUCUACCCAAUUUCUCCAAAGCUAUGGCUCGUUUCCAACGCGAGGACCCUACUUUCCGCGUUCAUUAUGACGAGGAAACCGAGCAAACUAUUAUCAGUGGUAUGGGUGAGUUGCAUCUGGACAUCUAUGUCGAGCGUAUGCGACGCGAGUAUCGAGUCGGUUGCGAGGUAGGCCAGCCCCAAGUAGCCUUCCGUGAAACUCUCACCCAAAAAGUACCCUUCGACCACCUCCUCAAGAAACAGUCCGGAGGUCCCGGUGACUAUGCUCGCGUUGUGGGCUGGAUGGAGCCCAUCGGCAAUCUCGAGCAAAAUAAAUUCGAGUCACAAGUCACGGGCGGCCACAUCGACGAAAAAUACAUCUUUGCUUGCGAGAAAGGAUUUCUUGCCUCUUGUAAGAAAGGCCCAUUGAUCGGCCACAAAGUACUUGGUGCUAGCAUGGUCAUUAACGAUGGUGCGACACAUAUGACCGACUCUUCGGAAAUGGCAUUCAAAAAUGCUACGCAGCAGGCCUUCCGCAUGGCAUUCAAGCAAGGGAAAGCUCAGGUUCUCGAGCCGCUGAUGAAGACAACUAUUACGGCACCCAAUGAGUUCCAAGGUAACAUUGUCGGCUUACUCAACAAGCGAAAUGCUACAAUCAAUGAAAGCGACAUUGGCCCGGAGGACUUCACGCUCUACGCUGAUUGCUCGCUCGUCGCCAUGUUCGGGUUUAGCACCCACUUAAGAGCGGCGACUCAGGGCAAGGGCGAGUUCUCAAUGGAAUUCAGUCAUUAUGAUCCUGCGCCAAUGCAAUUGCAGAAGGAAUUGAUCGCCAAGUAUGAGAAGGCUCAGGCUGACAGGAACAAGAAAUGA